AUGCAUUCGGCGAUCCACGCGCUCCUCAACAAACAACCACAACCGCAGGAACUGCAGCAACCGCAACAACAGCAACAACAGCAACAACAGCGAAAACCACAACAACCGCAAGGACAGAGAAUGCCCCCUCCAGCGGUCCCCCAAACAGUUCCCCAAGCAGCGCCACAGGCAGCUCCUCAGGCCCCCCCACCCGCACCUCCCCAACAAGCCCCACCCCGUGGAUGGAAGGCAGGCACUUGGGCCGCCGUGGCCUCAGCACCCGGUCCCGCCCAAGGAAAUUUCCAGGUUGUCGAGAAAAGAAAGAAGCCCGCGAAGCCAAAAGCGGACCCCCUCUUCAAACCAGAGUACACUAAAAUCAACAGGAAGAUCAUUGUUGAAACCACUGCCCCAUCGGACGUCAACCCCUCCGAGAUCAGGACCCUGAUCAAUGCAAGAAUCCAGGACGAGUCCUGCCACUUUAUUUCAGCAAGAAGAACACCCAAGGACAACUUCAUCCUGGAAACAAAAUUCGUUACCCCUGCAACAAAGGCAAUGGAAUAUGCCAAAGAAAUUGAGGAGGCCCUCCUCACCCUACAAGUACCAGUCGCCGUCAUCCGCGCAAACUCCAAAUGGUCAAAGCUCCUCCUCCAUGGAAUCCCCACAACGGCCGGGGAGGGCAUCGAGGCGGGAUAA